AACUCUUAACCAAGUGGAUUCCCAGGCCACAAUCUUUCCCACUCCUUGUUCUAAUCCACCUUAGAUAAGUUGGUGCUGAAGCAUGGAGGAGAAGAAAACGUGGAUGUUGGCAUGUGCUUUGUUUCUUCAGCUGCUCUGCUCGGUUUCUGGGCUGGACCGGAGCCAGUUCCCUUCAUCGUUUCUCUUUGGAACUUCGACUUCUUCUUACCAGAUAGAAGGUGCAUACCUAGAAGGUAACAAAAGCUUAAGUAAUUGGGAUGUAUUCACUCAUAUACCAGCCUCCUGAAAUGCGCCAGGUCCUGGGUUUAAGAUUACCAACAUUUUCAUUUGAGGAUGGAAGAAAAUUGCAACAUAAAUUGGAUUUUAUUGGUAUCAAUCAUUACACAAGUAAAUAUAUACAAGACUGCAUAUUUUCUCCAUGUGAGGAAGGCAGCAUAGAGUCAACUGCAUUUGUGAUCAGCACCGGGGAAAGAAAUGGGAUUCCAAUUGGUACUCCGACUUCAAUGCCAGACAAUUUUGUGUUUCCAGAUGGUAUGGAGAAGAUAAUCAUGUACAUUAUGCAAAGAUACAAUAACAUCCCCAUGUUCAUUACUGAAAAUGGUUUCGCACAAGGGAGUACUAGUAAUGAUCCAACAGCAGAUAUGCUGAAUGAUGAGGGCAGAGUGGAAUAUUUGCAUUGCUACCUUACUUCUUUGACAAGAGCCAUGAGGCAAGGUGCUGAUGUCAGGGGCUACUUCAUAUGGUCUCUCCUUGACAAUUUUGAGUGGCUCUUCGGCUAUACUCAAAGGUUUGGGCUCUAUCAUGUGAAUUUCGAGACACAAGAAAGGACUCCAAAACUAUCUGCAAAAUGGUUCAAAGAAUUCCUAGAAGGUCCAGAAGUAAUUGAAAG